GAAAUUAAAACAAUGCCAUAAGCACAGAACAAAAUAAUAUUCUUUUGCUUUAGAUAGGUAGAGCCAUUUUUCAUUGUCAUUUGUAUCGACUUGUAAAAUGAGUCACAGUAAUUCUUUCCUUUAAAAAUACAAAGAAAGUAAUCUUUAUUCUUCUCCACUCUUCUUCAGAAUCCCAUUCUGUUUCCUUUAUGCCUCAACGUCAAGGCCCAUGUUUCAUAUUCCUAGCUUACAUAAUAUGCGACCAUAUAUUUCUGUUUGGACUCUCUCUUAAAUCUUUUCAAUCUAGAUUUUUCUCCUCCUGAUUUUCCAGGUUGAAAGAGUCGCAGGGAUGGGAUUGGCAAUAUCUAGACUGCUGAAGAUGCUGUUUGCCAAGAAGGAAAUGAGGAUAUUAAUGGUGGGUCUUGAUGCUGCUGGAAAAACAACCAUCCUUUACAAGCUCAAACUUGGAGAGAUUAUUACUACCAUACCCACAAUUGGAUUCAAUGUGGAAACUGUUGAGUACAAAAAUGUUAGCUUCACGGUCUGGGAUGUAGGAGGCCAAGAUAAGAUACGACCAUUGUGGAGACACUACUUUCAGAACACCGAAGGUCUUAUAUAUGUGAUUGAUAGCAAUGAUAGAGAAAGAAUAUCAGAAGCCAGGGAUGAGCUUCACCGGAUGCUGAGCGAGAAUGAACUUCGUGAUACGACACUGCUUGUCUUAGCAAACAAGCAAGAUCUCCCCAAUGCCAUGAAUGUUUCCGAAAUCACUGACAAACUUGGAUUGCACUCGCUCCGGCAGCGCCGGUGGUACAUUCAGGCUACUUGUGCCACCUCUGGCCAAGGACUUUAUGAGGGUCUUGAUUGGCUAUCCAGCAAUACUUCUAGCAAGGCCUGAUCCAGCCAGUGAUCACUCAGGUCCAUCACAAUCAUACCUAGCAGAAACAUGCAAUAAAAUUUGACUGUGAAAGAUUUCCUUUGUGUUGGUGGGAUAUUUUCCUCUCUUUCUUUUUUGGAUAUAUUACUAAUAUUAAGAAAGAAUGGUAUUGGGUGGCUGUGUAUGACUUUCAUUUGCAUUAUAUUUGCAAGAGUUAGAGAUGUGAAAAAGACACAAGGUACCUUACUUAUGAAAUGAAAAAUGGAGUUUAGCCCUUGUGGCUGUUAGGUAGAAGUGGGGAAGCUUUGCUCCAAGUCCCUAGGACUUUAGGUCAGAUGUUGAUUACACCACAAAGGCCCCAAUUCCUGAUAUCAUCAUUUUCAUGAUUCCCGGGUAGGUAACCUCCUUGUUGACAAAAAAUUUGCUUCAGUGGGUUUAACUAUUGUACACCCUUGUUUUAUUUAUUACCAAUACAACCCAAACAUGGCUGUGUUCCAUUCUCAAAAUAUUUGCAUGAGGGACAUGUUAAUAAUCUAGGUGAUUUCUA